AUGACUAGCCAUGGACAACUGCCCCAGAAACUGCAACAACAUUCCCUGACUGGGAAGCAAAACAAUCAUCCUCAAGGUUAUCAUAAAUCGUUUGCAUCAUCGUCAGGCUCGUCACUUUCGUCUCACAAAUCGUCGCUGCCAUUUAGUUCGUCGACAUUCUCCAAAAUGAACUACAAUAAAAGCACUAGUUCUACAAGCACAAAUACCCCCAUAAGACCUUCAAACGAAUACAUGUAUUAUCAAAGUCAACCAGAACUCAAGUCUUCUACUUAUAGAUCGGUGUCUGAGACUUACCAUAAUCGUGGUUCGGCUGACCAGUUGUCCCAGCAACCACACCAUUUACAUCUUCCAUACCAGCAACAGCUGCAACACCAACAGAGAAAUCCAUCCAAACAGUCACAUGCAGAAUUUGACGAAAAGCGGGUCCCAUCGGCACCAUUGCAUGAUUAUGCAGAACACCAAGAAAUUUCCUAUGCAAGAUCAGCUAGUUUACCAACAAAUCCAUAUAAUCUGCAUAACAACGCAUCUUAUUCUCAACACCAGCAAUACCAACAACCUUACCAAAAACCCAUAAAAGAAGAAUCGGAACAAGACUUGGUAAAAUCCAAUUAUAGUUCAUCCCCUAAUAAAAAUGUUAAAAAUUUAAAGCUUAAUUUACACGAUCAAUCAAAUUAUCAUCCAGUAACACAAAGUCAUCAAUCCCAAGAAGCUUUACAAAAUCCAUACCAAACCAACAGCACAGCACAUACUCAAACAAAACCAGCCGUUCUGUCACCUUUAUCACCAAACGAGUUUCAACAACAACGCCCACCAGCUAAAACUCCAGGUUCGUCAGCAACAAAAAUCAGUUCACCCAUGACACCUAACUCACAGUACACUGCCGGCUUCCGUUCUACAUCCUCCCUGAUGGCUUUUGCUGGUUAUCAUCACCCUCCAGUACAUCAUGUAGGUUCUCCAAGAUUGACUCCAACACAAACAAAGAUACAUGCCGUACCUGGUUUACCUCUGCUGCCUUCGCAUCCUGAGUUACAAGGAGUUUCACGUGAUAUUAAGUUGAAGAAUGCAUUAGAAGAUUUGCAUACCGAUAACCCCAGAUCCACAACGCCACAAAGUUAUGACGAUAAGGACGAUGGAUAUUUCAAUCAAGUGCAUCAUCAGCAACAACAACGCAGUCACAACCCAUAUGCAAGAACAAGAGAAUCAGAUGAAUCAAGUGGUGUGCCAGCACGAGAAUUUUCAGCUCAAGAAACCUCGUCAUCUUCUCUUUCAACCACAAUACCAACCGACUAUUCCUAUCAUGAACCAGGUGCUAGUGUGACCAAUGUUCCUUCAUUAUACUCGUUUGAACAAGGGUCAAGUGGGUAUUCACAAGAUGAGAGAUCUUCUCUUAGUAGAACGAUCCAUCAGUUUGAACACACAGCCCAAGCCAGUCCUUCAUAUACAUUUGUUAAAGGUGAAGCUUUAUCACCCACCAACAAUUAUGAAGGCUCCCCUUCAUCUUCACAUUACCUUCGUCAAUUGAACCCCGACAGUAGUUCAGGUGUACGGAUGAGUCAGUUAUCUAUGGUUAGUUCAAUUAUUUCCAAUGAUUUAGUUUAUCAAAGUAAUGUAAACCAAUCUGAAGACGAUGACGACAGGAACGAAGAGGAAGAUGAGAUUGAUAGAGAAUUAGAGAGACAAUUAGCUAGUUUGAAAAUGGGUUCUGCAAAUGUGUAUGCUCCUGCAAGUGUUAAGCGUAAACCUCCGGUUCCUGAAGUACGUGUUGAUUUGAUUCACUCACCCGAAAGAAAACCUCCAAUUCCUGAAGUACGUGUUGAUUUGGUUCAAUCGCCCGAAAGAAAACCUCCAAUUCCUGAGGUGAGGAUUGAAUUAGCUGAUUCACCUGAAGUAGUUCAAGAACCACAAUUCCAACUGCAAUUUAAUACAGAAGUUGCGAAACAUGAAUUACCAGAGGAAGAAGAUCUUGAUGACGACUUGAAUUCAAUUGAAUCGACACCACCACUUUCACUUUCACAUUCAAGCAAACAUUCGUCAAAUGACAAAACCUACGUAGAGCCAGAUCCACCAAUUAAAAUCCCAGAAUUAGACGACGCAGUACCUCCGCUUCAGCCUAAAACUCACUCAAUUGAAGAAGAGCUUAAGAACAUGAACUUUGAAAUCAAAUCUACUAAUGAAUCACCUUCAAUGUACAUUAAUCAAACCAAUGUUGCUGACAACGUGACGGGACCAACUGAUAUCUCACCAUAUACGCCAGCAUCUACUUCAUCUUCCAUUAACCCAGCCCCGGCUGGAACAGGCCCAUGUCGUGGUUGUUUUUUUGAAAUUGAUCCUCAUGCUAAAGGUUCCAAUAAGGCAAUCUUUUCCACAAUGGGUGAACUUUCGGGGCAAUGGCAUAGGAAAUGCUUCAAAUGUUCAUUCCUUAACUGUGAUUUGCAUUUUACAAAACAUAUUCCAUGUUAUGUGCUCAAUGAUAAUCCAUAUUGUAAUCAACAUUAUCAUAUGCUCAACCACACCAUGUGUGAAAAUUGUAUGGAGGGAAUUGAAGGAGAAGCCAUUCAAAAUGAAACGGGACAAAUGUGGCAUUUGGAUUGCUUGAGGUGUACAGUUUGUCGUGAUGUUAUAAACAACGACUAUUACUUGAUUGACGGUGUAAUUGUAUGUGAAGCUGAUGUUGGAAAGGUUACUAAACAUGGAAACAAUUCUAUAGAGAAAAGAAAGACCAGAAUCUUUCAUGUAUAA